AACUUUGUGGUAUGGAACACAGCCCAGCCCAGGACUGGGAUUACGUUCAGCAUCAUUUCCUGUAAUCUCUGGGCUCUUCAUGGGUAGUCCUGCCCCCAGAGUAAAUAAUGAUACACAAACACACAGACAGCAAAGCUUGCAGAUCAUCCAAUCAACUUCUCACACGGCCUCAUACAGAUCUACAGGGACACCGAGCACCAGAGAACAAGAGAUUACAUUUAAUCUCACCAGGGGUACCAUGGUUCGAACAUUGAACAAUAUGAAGGAGCUGAGAGGUUCUAGGUUUGGUCGUCCCUCACCCAGGCACGGACUCAAGCUCCUUUUCUGGUUCGCCAAAGAUCACAUCGUCAUCGAAAAUGGCAACCCGACGGUUACAAAUUGCGACCCCAAAAAGGGAGACUUUGGAUUCCAUUACUUCCAGAACAGACGUGAGUGUGAAAACAACAAGAGGCUGCUUCCUUGUAGUGAGUACCCAUUCUAUGAGGUGGGCAACCUCUACCUCCUAACAUCUAAAUCCUUGCCUAAAUAUGUCAGUGAGGGCAACACUCAUCAGAUAGAUGCCAGCAACAUGGACCGCCUCAUCAUCAGUAUGCGUCCAGACAUGAUAGUGGAUAAGGUCUAUGUGACCCAACACGAAGACCUGAAGAGCUUCAACCCGGUCAACACCUAUUGCAUCAGCAGGGAGUUGCUCAUGAACAUACGUCGCCAUUCAUUGACAAACUUCCUGGAACAGGCGGGCUAUAACACCCAUGAGUCUGGGGAUACCAGGAUUGAUAUGGAAGGUGGAUCCAGAGCUCCACCCAGAGCUCCACCCAGAGCUCCACCCAGAGCUGCACCAGGCUUCUGGGAAAGCUACUGUACCAUACUGUAACCAGGCUUCUGGGAAAGCUACUCUACCAUACUGUAACCAGGCUUCUGGGAAAGCUACUGUACCAUACUGUAACCAGACUUCUGGGAAAGCUACUGUACCAUACUGUAACCAGGCUUCUGGGAAAGCUACUGUACCAUACUGUAACCAGGCUUCUGGGAAAGCUACUGUACCAUACUGUAACCAGGCUUCUGGGAAAGCUACUGUACCAUACUGUAACCAGGCUUCUGGGAAAGCUACUGUACCAUACUGUAACCAGGCUUCUGGGAAAGCUACUGUACCAUACUGUAACCAGGCUUCUGGGAAAGCUACUGUACCAUACUGUAACCAGGCUUCUGGGAAAGCUACUGUACCAUACUGUAGAUCAGUGUCCUUUAGUCCUGGUCCUGGGGACCCUGAAGGGGGGAACGUUUUAGUUUAUUGCCCCAGCACAUUGCUGUUCAUUAUGGUAUGUUAAUUUCCACUAAUACAUUUAGUCGUUUAUCAGACACUCUUAUCCAGAGUGACUUCAGAGCAUUAAACUAAAGGCAGAUGAACAACAACAUCCUGUAUCACAGUCAGAGGAAGUCAACUGUUUCUGUUACCAUUACUGAGAGGGUUGUUGCUGUUGGGUUCUGCUACUGGCUAAUGUACUUCUGUAUGUUAAAAUACAAAAUACAUGCAUUUGAAUUAAAUACACUUGAAAAUACAAGUAUUUUGUUGUUUAUUUUUCAAACAUUGAUCUUUAUGUUAUUUUGUAAUUUGUAUUUUGACAUUUUCCCCUUUCCCUUGUUGUGAUCAAUGUAGUUUCCUCUUCACUUCAACCCAGAACAUGUGAUGACAUUAAAUCAAUGUGGAAAAGUC